ACCAAAGACUGCGCUAGCUCAAGCCGACAUUCUGAUACUGAUCUCUAAGCUUUCCCCCAGCCCUCAUCAUAGUACCGUCAUGGCCGCUGAGACAGUGAACGGGGAGGCAGCGGUGAUGCUGAACCCUAAGGGAACGCCGCAGAUCGCUGUCACAGAAGUAGACGCCAACGAGAAUGCGAAGGAGAGCGUGGAGAAUGAGAAUGAGAAGAAGGAGAAUGCGGGCUAUGAGAAACUCAUCGAGCUGUUGCGCCGAAUUGAGGAGCUGGAGAAGAGCAUCGGAGAGUUGAAGACGACUAAGGAUGAAAAGGAUGCGAAGGAAGAGGAAGUGAAGGAAGAGGUGAAGGACGAGGAAGCUAAGGAAGAUGAAGCCAAAGAAGACGAAGACGAAGCAAAGGAAGAAGAAGCUGAAAAGACGACUGAGGAUGAUGACGAGUCCCAACCCUCGUUCGGGAUGCUGGUCGACGUCCGCCUGGCGCUCUUCGACCCAAUGAAACUCACUUCAGAUGUCGUCAACACAACAGAGGACCUGAAAAAGUACGCCAUUACGGCCUUUUACGAUGUGCCCACCUCCGCCGUCAACAAUCUAGGUGCCUGGAAAGAGGGAUCGCAGACCCCAGAGUACCUGCCUUCUCGAGUGUCUAUCAACUCGAAGAGGAUCCUCGAGCUUCUCAAGACAAUCACAGAUACAACAAUGAACGACGCACCGUGCGUUAUCGUGCCGCCUUUCAAGAUCUUCGCGGCGUACUGGACCGAGAUUGAAGCCAAAGCGAAGCAGCUCCAAGACGAGUUCGCCGAGAAGUACGGUCACCAGUGGAAUGUCGACCCACCAAAGGACGAGACUCCUAAGCCGAGACCGCUCAGCGAGGAGGAAGCAACACGAGAGGCCGACAAGAAAAACGAUCGCCAAGACGCCAAGCACCUCAAGUGCCUUGUGGAUUUCAUGGCCAAGUAUCUCAGUGAUAUCCCUCGACUCCGAGAGCGCAUCAAGAGCAACGAGAUCGAGUCCAUUUCGUUUGACGACCUGUGGCACCUCUUCAACCCAGGCGAUAUCAUCCUCGGCCGCCGCCCUUCAGGCAAAGGCGAGCAGCAGGCAUACCAAGUCUUCACCGUCACCAAAGGUCGCUUCAACAUGAAGGGCGGCCGCCCUGAGCCCUCCAAGUACAAGGGCCAGCGUGAGCGCAACAACCUGCAGCUGCAGUGCUUCUCGCUCGACUACGACGGCAAAAAGAUCGACACGUGCGAGGAGCUUCUCUCCAUCAAGCCCUUCGUCGGCAAGAAGAAGAUCACCGACCUAGACUACUACCCCAAGGCCUUCGCAACCGACAAGGAGAUCAAGGACCUAGAAGACCGCGCGAGCGACUUCAUCGGCAACCGCUAUGGCCACGGGCGGUGCGAGGGCCUCACGGCGCGCUUCGAGAUGGAGCACAUCGACAACGAGGAGGUCUUUGUCGACUUCAAGAGCGGCUAUGAGGAGAUCCCAGCCGACUGGAAACAGGAGACGUGCAACUUUAGCGCCGUCACCCCGCCCGACUGCGCGUCCGACGAGACGUACGAGCCCGGCUGCGCCUCGGAAACGUGCACGAGCUGCAGUAACUGUGUCUAUCUCGACGAGCAGGUCGACAUCAAGCGCGCCGAGAUGGUCCGCGACAAGAUGCCCAAGCUGGUGCUGGAGCGCAACAUCAACAAUACGCUCAAGUCGGCGCCGGAGCGUCUUCUGCUGCCGGGCCACUUGCUGGUGUACACGUUGCGGACCAAGAAAUGGCACUUUGUCAACGUUGGCGACUUUGAAAAGAUCACUGUCACCCCGGAGAAGAUUAAGGAGGGUUGGAAGAACCUCGUCAUUGAAUCUGAGAACAAGCGGCUUCUAAAGGCACUGGUCAGCGAUCAUUCCACGACCACGACAGUGGGUAAAAAGGGGAAUCUUUCUCGGUCGGGUUCCGCCAUCGACAUCGUGCGUGGAAAGGGACGGGGUAGAAUCGUGUUCCUCUAUGGACCACCUGGUGUUGGCAAGACAAGCACGGCCGAGACAAUCGCAGCCUACACUAGCCCUCCGCGCCCUCUAUAUCCCAUUACGUGCGGAGAUCUUGGCUCGGAGCCCAAGGCGAUCCAAGAAGCGCUCGAGGGCCACUUCAAGCUCGCGCACCGCUGGAACUGCGUACUCCUCCUUGACGAGGCCGACGUGUACCUCGCCGAGCGGCACCACAACGACCUGGACCGGAACGGGAUUGUGUCCGUGUUCCUGCGCACGCUCGAGUACUACUCGGGCCUCCUGUUCCUGACGUCGAACCGCGUGGGGUCUAUAGACCCGGCCUUCAAGUCGCGCAUCCAUGUGGCGCUACGCUACGAGAAGAUCAACAUCAAGGGCACCAUCGAGAUCUGGAGCAACAUCCUCAACGGCAUCGACAAGGACAACAGCGAGCCGCACAUCCGGGUCAAGAUCGAGUACGACCGCGACGAGCUGCUGGAGUGGGCCCAGCGCCACUACGAGCGCAUGGAGAAGAAGGAGGUGCCGACGUGGAAUGGGAGGCAGAUUCGUAAUGCCUUUCAGAGCGCCAUCGCGCUCGCGUCGCACGCCCGCCUGGAGAACCUGCGCAAGAACAACUUAACCGAAGAAAUGGCUAUGAAGCACAAGAACCCCCGCUGGAAGAAGAUCGACUUGCUGAAGAAGCACUUCAACGACGUUUCAAAGAUUGUGUACAAGUUUGAAGACUAUCGUGAGUAUUUUCGGUCAUUUUCCCCCUCCAAACCCCUUUUUGUUUGCACGUACAUAGUACUACAUGUCUACCCAGAAGGAAAGCAAGUCAGCCAGCUGACCAACUUUCUCCCCUGUAGUGAUCGAGUGCGGAAAGGGAGACGACAAGGCGGUCAAGGAAGGCCUGCUGGCGGCCGAUGCGGCAACCCCCCGCCCGCAGGCUUAUGGGCGCGGUGCCAGCGACACGGCCAGAGUAAAGCAGCAGCAGAAGACGGCCAAGGGCAAGCCCACGCCAGCCCAGUCUCGCAAUGGGACCAAGAAUAAGGACCUCGAUAGCGAUGAGGAUGAUGAUGAGGACGAUGAGGAUGCGGAUGACGAUGUAUUUGGGGACGGUGAUGAUGUUGACGGUGAGGACGGUGAGGACGGUGAGGACGGUGGGGAUAUUGAUGUUGAUGUUGGUGGUGUUGAGGACCUUGAGGAUGUUGAAGAGGGCGAGGAGGGCGAUGAUGGUGAUGAUGCCUGAUGUGAUGUCUGAAGUGACUCAAGGUUGUAUAGUGGUAGACA